AUGUUACAAAUUGCAGGAAUUAGUUUUGGCGAAGAAGAAGUGCAAAAUAUUUCAAUGAGUUUACGAAAAUUAGCAUAAUAAACGAAUGCUUCACAAAUCCGUUUUUGGGGAAAAAUACUUACUUCAGGAAAGGAUUAUUAUGUUGCAGAAGGAAUCACUUCUAAUUAAAAUGCUGAUGUCCUUCUUAAAGAUGCUGAGCCUAAAGGUUAUGGGGCUAAUACAUAUACUUUUUGGGUUGCACAUAAUGUUUUAGAAGAAUGGUUCGAAUUACCUCUCGUGAUACCUGAACAUGUGACAUCUGCUAGAAAAAUAAAAUACAUUUUCACAGGAGAUUUGAAUGCUAAUGUAAAAACAUAUCCUCCAUUUAAUGGAAAAGAAAAGCAUCUUUUAAAAGCCUAAAUUGUAAGAAUUUCUUGUGCUACAAUUUUAACCCCAAAAGGACUUUAUUAAGCAAGUGAGGUAGAUCCAAAUUAGAUUGAAUUUGUUGAAGAUCCUUUUAAAUUACCUGAAUAUUUAGAAUUAAAAGAAUUAGGUACUUGGUGUCAUUUGCAUCCUUUUUUAAAUACUUAAGGAAGAUAAACAUAUUAUAUAGACCCAAGCUUAAAUGAAGAGUAAAAGGCAGCAGCAGAAGAAGAAGCAUAAAAAGAAGAAAAUGUAUCCGAAAGACUAAAAGAUAUAGCUGAAGAAAAAACUGAAAAUGAAGAGACAUAACUUAAUUGGAUUGUAAGAGAAUGUGGAGAUUCUUAAUAAUUCUCUACUGACGAGGCUACCUUAUAAUAUUCUGUUAUAGUUAUUAAAAGUAAAACUUGGGUGGGACAUUAUACAAUUUGUAAUAAUAAAAGGUGGACUAAUAUUUAUAUUGGAUAUGGUUUGAAAACUAAUCAAUAACCAUUUGUUCCUAUUUAACCUGAAGAUAUGUGUGCAGAAGUAGAAGAUACUGAUGAACAACCUGAACCAAAUCACAAAGAACCUCCACCUAAAGAGGAAAAUCCAGAUGAAGCCGAUUUACAAGAGUGA